AUGCUGGUGGUCCAGUGGAGGGCCAGUGGCAACCAAGUGGCAGCUCUGGAUGACAAGCAGCUUCCACCGAGCAACACCGUCAGAGAUCUGAAGAGGUACUUGCACCAAUUGACCGGGAUGUCUCCAUUCAGGCAAAGCCUCGCUGAUAGCGAGGACCUGUCACAGGAGCUGCCUGAUGACAACUUGCUGAAAGUGCCAGGAGUGCUAAUGCUUCUUACCAAAAGCUUCUGCUCGGGUGAGGAAGCCCGGUACAAUGAAUUAAGGCAGGCAACCGAGAAAAACAGUGUUCAAGAUGUCGAAGCCCUCUUGAGGGAGCCCCAGGAUCCCGAUCUUGUGGAUAAGAGCAACUGGUCAGCUUUGCAUGUUGCCUGCCGCAAGAACCACAUUGAAAUUGUCAGACUGCUUCUCGAGGCCGGUUGUGACAAGGAUAUUGCGACCCGUUCUUAUGGUGACGACAGCCAGUGGACCCCUUUGAUGCUUGCUGCAGACAAGGGCUAUGAUGACAUAGUAGAUCUGUUGAUUGGUGCAUCGGCUGCUGUGGACAAAGCCUCGUCCAGAGACCUGACUCCUUUGCAUGUGGCUGUUCGUGGAGGGCGUGAUCGGUGCGUGCAGCUGCUUAUUCAAGCCAGAGCAGAUGUGAAUCACAAGGAUACAGGGACCACAACGGCCGCAGCGCCUUUGCACAACGCUGCGCAGGCAGGACAUGCUUCAAUUGCAGAGAUGCUUCUCAAGGCAGGUGCGCAAGUGAACGCAGUCCGUUUCGACUUCAAGCCUUUGCAGCUGGCAAGCCGCAAAGGCCAUGACCACAUGUUGGCGUUGUUGCUGCGGUAUGGCGCCGAGCCGGAUGAGGUCAUCCGGGAUGGCGGAUCAUGGCGACUGUUUGCUGCGGCCAUUUCCGAUGGCGACCACACAGAUGUGGUUAGACGGUUGCUUGAAGCCCGUGCAGCGAUCGAAUUCCCCCGACGCUGUCCAUUACAUCUCGCUGCUGAAAAGGGCCGCAUAGGCACUGCGACUCUGCUUGUGGAAGCUGGUGCAGACGUUGACCGCCCUGACUGCCACGGCGGCCGGCCCCUGCGCCUGGCUGCAGAUAGCGGCCAUGCCCCAGUACUCCAGCUGCUCCUUCAAGCACGGGCGGAUUUGUCGAAGGCCGAGCUCGGGACUGGGACGACGUACCACGACGAUGUCGCGCAGCUGCUCGCCAAAGCAAGAGACCCCGACGUUAAGCCUUGA